AAAUGGAUGCAGUAUUUACUACUUUGAUUGUGAGGGUUAAAAAACCAGAAAGUAUCAACUUACACACAAAAAAGAAAGAUUUUAUAUGCAAUUUAUCCAAAAAAUUAUCCAAAAAAUAAACACAAGGGAAGAGAAAAGGAAAGAAGAGGCAGGAGGAUAGGGUCCUCAGCUGUUGCUGUUGAAAUGGGGAUUUGGGGUGUGGGGUUAGGGAUUCUAUUCCUUUCCCUCCACAAAUUCUCUUCCCCCAUUUCUGAAUUUUUUUGGCGUUCGCAUUGCUUUUGCCUUCAUUAUUUAUUUAUUGAAAAAACAAAAUAAAAAGAGGUUGAGUUUUGCAGAGGCGUUGAUCUUUGACCGUCCAUCCUGCCACUGUUGGGUUUUUGAAUAUUACCCAUCAAUUUCCAUUGCAAUGCCAUUUCUUUAAUUUCCUCUCAACUUUCACUAUAUAAACAAUAAAAAUAAAGAUUAGGAUUUUGGUUGGCAAUUGGUAAUUGCAGGCAGCUUUGGAACUUCUUCCCUAUCAUUUCAUGCACGUUUAUUUCUUGCCUUUAUAAUUUUAUUCUCUCACCCUUUAUAGCAUCCACUUCUUCUUCUUCUUCUUUUAACACUUGAAAACUUUCAAAUUAUCAAAGGGAGAAGACAGAGGGAGAACCAAACAGGUAGGAGAUGAUGAUUGCCUUCCCUUUCUUAUCUAACCCCCUUUAGUUUCUCUUUUUCACACAACAACCACAAUUUUAUCGUCUUUCGUAACCCCCUUUUCUUGAAGAAACAAAAAUCUGGCCAUUAAAAGUCUUUGCUUUUCUUGAGAAGAAAAAAAAAGGGUCUUUGAUUUGAUGGAAUUUUUUUUCUUAUAAUUUAAAAAGAAUGAUUACUCUACUUUGAUGAUUCUGCUUUCCAAGAAAAUUUUGGUAAUCGAGUCUCUCGAAUUUUUGUGUGUGGUGGGUUGGAACUUAGAAGUGAUGGAUGGAUGAACUAGGAUGGAAGAAAUCUUCAAAUCUUUUAUUAAAAUUUUUGGUUGGUUUCCUUUUCUCUACUCUACUUUUUAAGUUUAAUUUGGUUUUUGAACCCUUAAAUCACGGAUAAAGUCUCUUUUAUUUUUAGGAAAAUGAAAAUAAAUAAAUAAUAAAAAUGAUUGUGUGGAGAAUAAUUCAAUCAAAUGAAAAUGAAAAACCCAAAGUGAGAGAGAGACCCACUUUUGUUGGGGAUCAAUUACAAAAUACUGGACACCAUGUGACCAUCUACCCUCUCCUUUUCUUUUGCUUCCCUUUUUUCUCUUCAUAUUUACUUUUGGUUUUAAGGAAACAAAACAAUAACCCAGAGGCUCAUUCUUUUCUGAAAAUGUUUGCUCCUUUGAUAACAUAGGUGUUCAAUUCUUUUAUUUCUUUAAUGUCCUUCUUCCUCUUUUAUGUGUAUAUUGAUUCAAUUCUUGAGGUGGUUUUUGUUCUUUUAAUUCAUUCUGGUCUCUCUCUUUGUGAAUUCAUAACUAUGCUAUGCGAUUCUAGAUUAAUUUGUUUUUGAUGGAGAGCUGAAAUUUUUACCCUUUGGUGAAUAACCCUAGAAUUGGGUUUGGUGAAAUUUUUACUUUGUUAAUGGUUUCCUAGGAUUCAAAUAGGUUUCCAAACUCUUCAUCUAUAUGGUUCCAUAUUGGAGUAGCCUUGAACUAUUGUUACUUGUUACUGUCUUUUGGGGAUUUCUUUGCAUUGAUUGAUUGUGAUUAUGUUAAUGGCACACAUAUUCUAGGUUGAGUAAGUUAUAGAAGUAUUCAAGUAAAUGAUUUGAGUUACCGAAUUCGGUUUUUGUGUGGAAAAAAGGUGAAGUCAUAUUGAAGUCGGAUUUAUGCAUCAACAUUUGCAUUCAUGUUUCUUGUUUUUUUAUCUGUUUUGUUAAUUUGGGGUUGAAGUUUGAGAAAUGGUUUUUGUUUGCAAACUUUUUAACUUUUUAUCGAAAGUGGUAUCGAGAAUAGUUGUCCAAAACAAAGUAAGGUUGUUGUCCAGUUUGUGUUAAUAGGUUGCCUAAAGAGGCAAUGUUUCUAAUGAUCGUGAUCUCUCCAAUGGAUCGUGUCAAGUUCCUGCAGUAUAAAUGCAAUAUAUAAAGGAUACUUGCUAUAUAGAUGGAUGGAUUUGCUGGUAAAAGAGCUGUUGAUGGGCCUGUUGUACAUGGCAAGGGAUCGGGUCGCAUCUUGAAGGACCAUGUUAAUAACCGAGAACGAAAUGCUCAGUUUUGCAACCGAAUCGGAUGCAGUGGUAGGCUGAACUCCUCGAAAGGUACUCCGAAUGGCUGCUCGGAUAAAGCCAAAUCUGCAAGGUCUUCUUACCACUCUUCGUCAAGUGGAAAGGAAGUGAUUGGAAAUUCCUCUAGGGUAUCCUCUGUAAUUAGCAACACUAGAAAAUCCACUACGAAUCCUCAGAAAAAGCUUCCAUCUCAGCUGGAAACAGAUUCAUCUGAAACUAGUAGCAUUCAGGACGAGCCAGAAGUAUCUGAGCUCAUACCUCCACCAGGAAAGAUUCAAAGAGGUCUGCAUCAUGAAGCUGAGGAUGCUGAUUCUAGGGACGCUACGGUGAUGGAAGUGGGAAGCUCUAGUGUAGUGUCAAACACGAGACCAAUGAGAAAAUUUAUUCAGAGAGCUGGGUUGGGCAACCAGGAGACUCUGGCCAGUCCAUCUCAAGGUGCUUCCCAGGCAUCUCGUUCCAACACAAGCAAGUAUGGUUUGAGAAAUCUAAGAUGUAGCUCUAUUUCUGAUGUUGUCCUGACAGGUUGUUCGUCCUCAGAUUCUAGCCUUAGCAAAAAGAAAGACAUGGUAAAAAAGAGAAACUCUGAUGAAGAGGCUAGUUCCUCAGCCAGGGGGAAAAAGUUGAGUGGGUCAUCUUUGGAGGGGCGAAACAACAGUUCUGGCCAUGGUGUUUCUAUAUCUGAUUCAAGACGAGCCAGGAAUUGGCCUCCUAACAGGGACAGCACUGUCGCUUCUUCAGUUAGGACUCGGAGGUCAAACAGUAGUUAUGUUAGAGGCAGACCUUCUAACCAAACAAAUGGAAAUAGUUUAAGUUUGAACCAGUCCCCCAUAGUCAUGCCGCUAGUUCCUCAAUCUGAUAUACCUAACGAUUUGAAUGCUCCUGUUUCCACAGAAACUGUCUCCACUCUUGUUAGUCCUUAUGGUCAAGCAGGUAGUAUAAGUGAGGGUUUGCGCAGUAUCAUGCAGUCUAGUCCUUCAGAAGUUGGCGUUAAUCGCACCUUAGUGAACCGAGAUAGCUUCCAGCGCUACAAUAUGGAUGGAAUUGCUGAGGUAUUAUUAGCACUUCAGAGGAUCGAACAAGAUGAAGAGUUGACAUAUGAGCAAUUACUUGUUCUAGAGACCAGCUUGUUCCUUAAUGGCCUAGACUUUUAUGACCAGCAUAGAGACAUGAGACUGGAUAUAGAUAAUAUGUCAUAUGAGGAAUUACUAGCCCUAGAAGAGAGGAUGGGUAAUGUGAGCACUGGGCUAUCGGAAGAAGCAUUGUCGAAAUGCCUCAAAAAAAGCAUCUAUGACACAGCAUCUUCGGAGUUUGCAAAUGUGAGCUAUGAGGGUGAAAAGGAUGAUGUAAAAUGCAGCAUAUGUCAGGAAGAGUACGUGAAUGGAGAUGAAGUAGGGAGGGUGCAGUGCGAGCAUACGUAUCAUGUGGCAUGCGUACAGCAGUGGCUGCGGGUGAAGAACUGGUGCCCUAUCUGCAGAGCAUCAGCAGAGAAGCCACACAAUCUUCUUCGUUCACCUCAUGAUUGAGGAACAGCCAAAGAAGGCAAAGAGGCUCUCCUUUUGUACAAAUUGAUGGCUUCUCUUCAGUAUUACUAUUAUUAUUUUUUAAAUUAAAAUUUAUUUUUAUGAUCAUUAUGAUGUAAAUAUCAAAUCAAAAACCCAUCAUUAAGUCAAGUCAGUCAAACUAAUAAACCAGGUGCUAAUUGUUUCAGCACUGGAACUCUCAUUCCCUUAUAAAUGAAAUGCGAAUCAAAUUA